UUUUGCUCCAGUGUUUCCCAUCCCAAUACUGGCCUAACUUGGAUCUACUGAGAACUUAGGGGGAUCUGGGGUGGGGGAAGAGGUCAUUUGCAUUAAUGAAAUCAGCUACAAAGGCUCCUGGGCCUUUUUUCUUUCUGAAAUUGUGUCUUCAAAUUAUUAGAAGUUGCUGAUCAAAAUCAUGGGCACUUAAGUUCAUUCUCUGGUUAUAGAUAUUUUAAAUAGUCUUUUCUGUAAGAGCUCCAAAAAACAUUUUAGCUGCUUAACUAGCACCUUUCUCAGGGCCAAAUAUUGCUGCUUCCUAGGAAAGCAUUUACUGCCUGAUAAAGAAUUUCCUGAGUUAAAUAGCUAUAACAGUUUAUAUGUAAAAACCUUAGUUUUACUUUUUAAAAAUCUUGGGAACAAUAGCUACCAUGUAGCAAGUCCUUACUGCCUUCCAGACACUAUUCUAUGCACUUUGUAUACUUUAUCACAUUUAAUUCUUCCAUCAAUGCUUUGAGGUAGGUAAGAUCCCCAGUUUACACACAAAUGAUAAGAAAAAAGGCUCAAGGAACUUGAUCAUUUACCAAGGGUAUUUUUGUGAAUGAUAGAGUCGGGCAGUGGGCAGGCACUUCAGGCAGCAGUGUCGCUCCUCUAGCACGACAUUGGUUUGCAAUAUUCAAAAUGAGUUCAUUGAAUUCAAGGGUUUUUAUUUCCAUGUAAAGCUACUUUUCCAAAUCAAAUGAAAUGGAUAUUAUAAAAAUACAGUUGAUUCAUCUUAUGAAUGGGAAGAGUAUUUUUCAGUGUGAUUGUCUUCCAGCAAUUGGAAGUGCAUACUGCUUGUCUCUGAAGAAAAUUCCUUCUAGAGGGGCUUUAAAGUCUUUAUGAAUAAAAGACAAAAUAAAAAUCAUUUUUCUUAUUUUAGUUUUCUGGAUAUGCUGCAGAAGGAUCCGUGCCAGAAACAAGCCUGUGAAAUACAGAAAUGUUUACAAGCCAACAACUUCAGGGACUCUAAGUGUCAGGCUGUCAUCCAAGAACUUCGUAAGUGUUGUGCUCGCUAUCGCAAGGGAAGAUCCCUCGUCUGUUCAGGAUAUGACAAAGAAGAGGUAGAAAAGCUGAAACCGAAGUCCACAUCACAGUAAAGAUCUGCGGAGAAGUUAAAUGCUGCACCAUGUUUCCACCAAGCGAGUUUUGUUUAUCCUCCUAUUCUUCAGGCCAGGUAGCAGCAAAUAUCAAAGGAAAAAGUCAACUAUAAAAGUUAAUAAAUAUGCCUUCUAUGCAGAACAGGUAGAAAUAUAUUAAAUAUGUAGAAUGUAAUAAAACUGACCUGUGAAAAUAAACCUUUUAAGUGAAAAA